GAAGCAGCCACGUUAACGAUAACAUCCUCACGUCGCUGCCUGCUAGCUGCCUCUGCUUCCUGUUUAUCUAAUAUGCCCAGUGCAGCCUGUUAUACAUAACUACAUGAUGCUAAACUUCUUCAACAGCAAAUCAGUGGGACAACCUCAUCUGUAAAAUGUCGACGGUGUUGUUUGCCUCUGUGGUUCGCGUCGCGGACGGCCUGCCUCUCUCGGCAUCCACCGACUACGAACAGGAGAAAGGCCUCCAGGAGACGAAGAGGCAUCUUAAGGGUCUCUCCAAGAAACUCAACCAGUUCCCUGACCGCUGCACACUCAAGUCCGGACCGUACAAUGUGAACUUCAUAUACUCGCUGGGUGUUGGAUAYCUGAUGGUCUGCACUGGAAAUUACCCCAACGUGCUGGCCUUCUGCUUCCUGGACGAGCUGCAGAAAGAGUUCAUCAUCACUUAUGACUCCAAACGCAUCAGCAGCGCCGUGCGGCCGUACUCCUUCAUCGAAUUUGACACCUUCAUCCAGAAGACCAAGCAKCGCUACAACAGCCCUCGCUCCCUGUCCACCAAGAUCAACCUGGCUGACAUGCAGACAGAGAUCAAGCUGCGCCCGCCCUAUCAGCUUUCCCCAGAGGACCUGCAGGCUAUCAAUGGAUUCUCGGUGCGAGCCGCUUCUAAGUACAAGGGCAUAGCCCCCACACAGAUGUUGGAGCCGGCGACGCUCCCUGGCAUUGUGUCCUGUGUGCUCAGCAUCCUCUGCGGAGGCCUGAACCUGCUGAGAGGCGUCCAUGCUAUAGAGAGCAUACUACAGAAUGAUGACGAGGACUUUAAUUAUGUGAUUGCCUUCUUCCUGGGCACGGCGGCCUGUCUGUAUCAGUGCUACCUGUUUGCCUACUUCUCCAUCUGGAGGAACAGCAAGUCCGUCUUGGCGUUUGCGCUCAUYUGUCUGUCCAACAUGUAUCUGUAUGAACUGAGGAACAUUUGGCAGAUCCUCUUCCAUGUAGCCGUGGGGGCCUUCAUGACCCUGCAAAUCAGACUGAGGCAGCCGCUGGGCAAAGCGCCAGACUACAAUGUCUGACGAAGAGCAAAAAAAAAAGACUAACGCGCUGUAAGUCAGGUGCCCCAGCGGUGGUCCGUCAGACACACUGGAAGCAAAAACAAGCCUUCCCGAUUUGGAGGAGGAAGAGGAGGGACUGAGCAUUUCACCGGAGCAUAAAUGGAUCCGUCUCCGUUUGGAUUUGGAAAGGAAAGUCUGCUGCGGUCCGACUGCUUCAUGGAUUUUAUUGGAUUGAUUUUGGAAGCUGCCUCCUUUCCUUUAKUGCGUGAUGAUGAUUUAUGGACUUCUUCUGCACAGCUCUGAUUUAGGUCACAGGCCUGUUUGCAGGAUGGCUGCAAACCCCAUGCACUUGAAAAGGUUUUCUUUUACUGCAUCCAACGGGAAAAGAAAAUCCUAAUAAAUGUAUGUAUGAUUUCAUCAUUUCAAUUAAAAUGACGUGAAGUACCUUUCAGAAAGCAUUGAAACUGAACUCAUAACCUAUUUCCCUGUAUCUUCUUGUUAAACUACCUCACAUGUCAGCUGUGAGGUUUGUUAAAUGAGUCCUGAAAUGAAUAACCUGAAACUACAUUUACCCACCAGCAGAUAUUUAAUUGUCUUUAUAAGUGGAGUAUUUUGCACGUCUCCCUGGUUCAGCACACCUCAUUGAAUUAAAUUGGUCCAAUUCUUGUUUCUGCAGAGCUUGACGACUUAUUCCAGCCAUUUAAAUCAGAUGUGUUGGAGCAGGGAAACGUCUAAAAUAUGUGAGAUACCGCUAUCUGUUUGAUUGAAAUUGAACUCGAUUAAAUUUUUUUUAUAUAAAAUCAGGGUUUUCGCCGUAUCAUAGCUUUUCUCUGCUCUGCUCUAAACGCUCUUGAAGCGGCAGCACCGGUUGCUGAUUAUGCUUUAUUUUUGACUGUGUGUGGGGCCGAAWUUUUGACUCAUUUUCCCAUAAAUGCAUUAGUCAGCACCUCUGUGUGCUUUAGAGGCAUGCGGUUGGAUCACAGAACCAAAUGRACAACAUGUGUCGAGAGUUUCCUUUAAAUUGAUCCCAGGUCUGUUGUGAUCUUCAUCCAGGUGGUUAAGAUGCAUCAAGACUUUUUAAACACAAACAGCCUCAGCAUGCCCUUCAAUUCUGUUCAUUUCUAUUUAGUGGGCUAAAUGUUAGCUGGUUGUAUUAAACACCUGCCUCCUGAACCAUGUUGGGAACCUUAAGCUGAUUGUAAAGAGCAUGACUGCAGAUUGAAAGGAUAAYCUGAACCUGGCUUGAAUAAUUCAAAAUUCCGUUAAAUUUUACAGAAGAUCAGAAAAAAAGUGCAAUAAUACAAAGAUAUGUACAAUUUGUAACCUUUUAAAGACAUUUCAAUCGGGGCAUUUUGUAUUUAAUAUUGUUUUAAGUUUUGUUUACGUCAGUAUUUUUUGCCACUUUGUUGGCACACAUCUCGUUUUAAAUUUGUUUUCUUUUUGUAAAACAUCCACAUGGGAUUGUAUCACAAAAUGCUUUAUUACUGAUGCUUUGCAAGCAUGUGGCGAUAAUGUCAGCAUGACCUACAUCAAAGCUCAACAGAAGCUCUGCAGUCUGGCUACAGAUUGAAGCUCAUCUUUCUUUUCUUUGAUAUCGUUUCCUCCUUUUUCUUUCCAGUCGUUUCCGUCUUUAGCUCACAUUCAGAGAAACGAGACGGAUAUUAACUAACCCAUAAAACCUUGGAGUUUUCGAGCACAGACGCCAGAGUGCAUACCUCUAUAUCAUAGUAAUGAUUUCUAGAUACCAGUCCACAUGCAUACAGUUUUUAAACUUUCAAAACUUUGACAAUUAGGUGGAGGAUGUGGUAGAAUUUGCAUUGUGUUGCCAGUGUGWAUUUAUUUCAUUUGUAGGAGUAUAUGGCAUGAAAGUGAUGAAGCAAUUAGAAAACAAAUCUUUAGACUACAAGAGAUUAAAUUAGGAUAAAACAAAGAAAAGUUUUUUACUUUGAUACCAAGAGGUAACAACCUGAAAACACACAGAGAAACUCAACAAUCUGAAUUUCUUUUUCUUUUUUUUAACCUUUCGUUCAUGUUCUGCCURCUCACAUCUAUGCUUUCUUUUAAACCCAGUGCUGGUUUUUUUUCAGCUGUAGAAAUGUCCAUUUCUGGUCUUGAGGUGAAACUAUGCAACGCURCCUUUCUGUUUGAGUCACUCAGACUUUAAUUUAUUCACUAAUCAGGGGUAAAACAGUCAUUUCUUUUUUUGUGGUUAUUGUCDUUUGCAAGAGCUCAUUAUUUAUUCAAUGACUGCUUUUGGUGCAAGAUGUAAUCAUUUAUGAAGUUCAUGUUUUUUCAUUCAGACGUGUGUAAAUGUCUUCUUGUGACAACAUAAAGCUCCUGUCGGCUCAGACGGUUAGCAGUCGCAUCCUUCCUCGCCUACACCGCCUCGAGCGUAUGCCAGUGUCACAAUGACUGUGUGAAUAAACACAUCCGUGUUGCCAACAGCAAAGAUGCAUCACUGUUUUCUUUACCUCCUACUGAGUUCUUUAGUUCAGCCAUCUUUUUUCUGCUACUUGGACUUUUGCGCUGCUUUCACGCAGCUUAUAUGUACCGUUUAACAUUUAUUUGGGCAGCGUUGGUUUCUUUGCUCUCUGAACUUUUACAUUCUUCUUGUGACCAAAGAUGUGUGCAGAGGAAGCUGGAAAGGAAAGCAAACAGCUUUAAGUCCACGCACAUCUGGCGUCAGAAGUUAACGAGUCGUUCUCAUGCGACCCAUUACUGCAGUCUGACUUUUACUCCGCUUUUCCAGCAGCGACCACACCUACAUGACCUCAUGCCGGCUCUCGCACUUCACGGCUCGGGYGUUCUGGGAGCAGAGCGGAGUCUUGCGCCACCGACUCGACAUCCUGUAUCUUUGCAGUUACAGUAAACAUGUUGCGUGGGCGGUUUUGUCAGGGAAUUGAGAUUCGGGGAAUUAUCGASCAGAUUUGUUUGUGGAUGGAAAAUGAAAGAGCGUUUGAAGAUGUCGUCACCAGGRAAGGAGGGGCGAAAAAAAAAUUCAAAAUAAACCAUUGAAUGCAACUUGUACAAUAAAUUUGUCGUUUUAAUUAAUAAAUGUAAACGUGAAAAAAAAUUACACUUGUCUGCUUUAGGAGCGAUAUUGGACUGUCUACCUUCAUAUGUUGAGAGAGCAAGCGGCUUUGGAAAGAGGCAGCAGCACCUUUUACACCUGUUGUUCCCAAAGAGCAAACCUGAAAAUUAACGAGUCGCGUUUCAGAAAUCAAACUAAACAAAAGACAGUGGUAAUGCUAAAAAUAUAUAUAUAUAUAUAUGCUAAUCAAGGUUAAAUUACUCAUGGGUUAUAACAAUUAUCGAUUCUGUUUGUGCUGCCCUCAUACUGCUGCAUAAUUGAUCGACAAAUUUGGAAACCACAAAUCUAAGAAAUCGGUGCAACAUUUUGGGCAGCAGUAAUUAAUGUCUGUCCACCAGCCUGGGCAUGGUCUCCAUGACAACCUAUUCUUUGUGCAAGCCGUGUUUCGCAUCAACACAGGCAGAGCUCGUAUUUCAAACUGAACGAUGGAACCAAAAAUAAACACACAUUUUCUGGUGUAAGAGGCUGCUGGGGUCGUCCACUCAGCGAUUCCCAAGCAGAUCCUGAUUUUCUUUUUCUUGUUAAAAGGGAGUUGGUGCUUUCUACUGUCGCCAUGUACAUGACAAGCUGCUGACAGCUGAACGUGUUACCAGUUGGCAUUAUUAACRUCACUGUUAAAGCUGGUAUUGGUUUGAAAUGUAUGUUGAAUUUCAGUCUUGUCUGUAUGAGUGUCUUCCACUGGAUUGAUUUCAACACAUGUUGUCUGGACAUGUUAUGAAUCUGCGCUGUAUAAAUGAAAUGCACUCUUGCACCAAACAAGCUGGGAAAAUUAUUYUAGACCUGAAAGUAAAUAUCAAUGCCUUUUAUGUAAUUGUUCAUAGAGAUCGAUUUGCUAUGAUGGAAARCGCAUACAAGGACUUACUUCAGCUUAACUAAUUACAGUGAUGGAUGCUAGGAGUGAUGGAUGCAGAUAAUUUUUUACCUGAGAAUUAACAAGGCUAUAGAGAAACUGGAAAAGGUGCGUUUWUUUUUCUCRAAGCUUUUUGAGUAUCUUACUUUAGAGUCGACAUCAAGACUGAGUUCAUAUCUUAAGUUUCUGCUCUGCCAGUACUUAUAGUUGUUUUGUGGCUAAUURGCUGCUUUCAAAUUACAUUUCCUAACGGGCAACAACAAGCUAMAUCUAUAGCUUGUUGCUCCCUGUUGCUAAAAUCUUGUAGUAAUCUUACAAGAUUUAGAGACUCMACAUGACACAUAAGAAAUUGUUGUAAUUGCUGUUUGUUUUUCUCCAGCAGACUCGUAUGUAAGAUUACAUAUGAGUUUUUUUGAAAAACGCGUGCUUUUUCUUGAUUUUUAGAUGUGCUGCUAACUUGAAUAAGAUGAAUUGUUUCCUCAUGUGAUGAGUGAUCAUUUUGUGGCAAAUUUCACCAAAUUAGGGCACAUUUCCUGUCCAAAAAAGGUCAACGUCAUUAUGUCUGAGGAUUUUGUUCCGCUUCAUUCAACACCAAAUAAACACUGCCGUGCUUCCUGAUAAAAAUACAAAACCUAUUUUCUACUCAACACAAGAGGAUUUCAUGAUCAGCUUAAUAAUGUUGACCAAGUACCAAACUCAAUUAAGCAAUUAGUGAUUUGACUAUAAUGUAAAUAUAGAUAUUAAUCCAGUUAYGGAUGAACCAACAGUGCUAAUCAGCUCGUCUGUCUUGUUUUCCAGCCGUUAAUCAUGAACAAAAUGAUGGAGCUCUGCUGCCAUCUGGUGGUAGAAGUUAGGUACUUUGCAUAACAGACUUUUCAAAGAAAACGUACAUCUCUCAAACUUUGGUAUACCAACACACCAGUUUUUACACACAAGACUGAGUUUAUCAGUAACAAGCAAAAUAUAUGGAAGAAAAAGACCGAUAUGUACCUGUGAAACAUCUCAGCAGUUUAUUUUACUGUAAAAAAAAAUAAAAUAAAUGGUGUCGGAACAAGACAACAAAACAACCCAUCGUUUUCUCUCUGGAGCCACUUUUGUCACAGAUGCUUCAUGUCAAGGUCAUUGUGAGAAAUCAGUAGCUGUAAAGCAUUUAAGCUCAAACAAAUUGAAAAAAACAAAAACAUGGGCUUAAAUUGGCACAACAUUCAGCAAGUCAAAUAAAACGGCAUUUAACAGUGUAGAGGUGUUGCAGCAGCAGUACAACAGGUUACAGAGACAAUAACCACCUGGGUAGGAUAUUGCAGUUUAAUUUUCCAGAGGCUUAAAAUAUUGAUUUACUUGUUUUAUCCCACCAGUAAAGUAGAAUAAAGUAAACUUUUUUUCUUAUUGCCAGUAACCAAAUCAGUUGCAUACAUUUACGCAAUAGCUGGGAUGAGACUCUUAGGAUCUAUGAUGACCUCCAAUAAAGUUAAAAACGUUUCCAAUUUUCCUCUUUUUUUCAAAACACAUUUUAAUUGAAAAAAAUUAUAACUACGUAAUAUAAAAUUGACUUGUCCCUGGUAAAGCAAAAAUGAUUUAACAUGUAAUUACACUUAAUGUCUAGAAUUUGAUACAUUCACA